AUUUUCACAUAAAUUUAAUUGCUCGUACGCACGCGCGUUAUGCUUAAAGUCUCAAAAAUUUAUCUUUACCAUUUAUAUGAGUCGUCUACAAGAUACACUGUACAAGAGUAUAAAUUCUGUCAACCCUCCUCGUGCUUCAUAAGAGACGAACAGUAAUUACAGCAAAAUAACAUACGUAUUCUCAACAACGCUUGAUAGUAUCAGGUAAUAAAGCAAGAGAAAUAUAAUUGCACGUAAUUGCUCUUACUUCUAUUAUUAUUCACUGAAAUGUUUCCAUGACUUUCCGAAUGGCUUCCAUGAAUGUGAAUAAACAUUUUAUUUGAUGGGAACAUGACAUUAUGUUGGAAUUUAUCGGAGGGGAUAACAUUCUUCAAACGACGACGUCGUUAUAAUUACAAGUUUGAUACCGGUAGUAAGGUAUCGACAAGAUAUUGCACCAAGUUACUAAUGAAUCAUUAAUUUUAAGUCGUACAGGGAUGACGAAGUCGACGCAAACGCGCCUAUUCGUAGUAUCUUACGAAUCCUUGUCGCGUUUAUACUGCAUUGUUGUGUAUUAGUUAUUUUUACUGAUACAUAUACAAACUGUAGUUAUACUCCGUUUUUCUAUGAAAGUUAAUAGUUAAUCAUAAGGUUUUUACACAAGAUCGUGCUGCAGAAAAAUACAUACCGAAACAAGUGUAGAAAUGCAGAUACUCCCUCUCAAUUUCUUAUUAUAUACCAUAAGCGGUUUGUGGCGACCACUCGAAUGGUCCUCGAAAUACUCCAAGUUGUUAUACAGCGUGUACACCUAUUUCAUGAUAUACCUAAUGGCGUAUUUCAUGCUGGCUACCUUGCUGUAUAUCAUCUUUGUUAUCGAUAACGUGGAGGACUUCGCUUCGGGUUCCCUAUUUUUCUUCUGCGCAAUCAGUAUAUUGCCCAAAGCGAUUACUGCUGUAAUCUAUCGCGACGAGAUAAUCAAUUUAGUUAAAACUCUGCAAGAGAAACCGUGUAAAGCCUGUAACAAAGAUGAGACUGAUAUCCAGAACAAAUUUGACCGUUCAAUCAGAUCGUAUACCAUAUAUUACAUACUCUUAUGUAUGUUCUCGUUACUGGGUGCUGUGGCAGCAGCAGUGCUCGUCGUUUUAGAGGGUCAGUUACCCUAUAACAUGUGGGUACCUUGGGAUUGCACCUCGUUCCUUUUAUUCUGGUUUACGUCCCUUCAAAAUAUUCUAGCUUUAAUUGUUGGUACGAUUGUAAACGUCGCGACGGAAACCCUAUGGUUAGGAUUUUGCUUACAAACGUGCGCGCAAUUUGAAAUUCUCAAGUAUCGUCUUCAAAACAUGACAAAGCGUAGGGAGGAAGAAAUAUUUCCGAAAAAUUCGUUGAAUAAUGCGUCACGUAAAAUAGGCACAUUGUCGGAGCACAUUUCUCAUCAUUUAUGCAUAAUCAGACUUGUCGAAACGAUCAACGAUGUGUAUCGCCAAGUGAUUUUCAUUCAAUUUUUUAUCAGUAUUUUGGUAUUAUGUUCAGUUGUGUACGAUCUAUCUUCUCAUUUGACACUUACAAACCUCGCCACCAUGAUCAUUUUCAGAGCAUUCAGCAUGUUUGUGCAGAUUUUUUUUUAUUGCUGGGCUGGAAAUGAAGUUACGCUCAAGAGUACUGGAUUGAGCGAAGUGGUGUAUCAUAUGAAUUGGAUGUUAAUGACAAUCAGCGAACAAAAGAAUCUACUGAUGAUUAUGAAACGUAGUACAAAACCCGUUAAACUAACCAGCAGUUUUUUGGUGACAUUGUCCCUGGAAUCUUUCGGCAAUCUUUUGAAAGCGUCUUUCUCCGCAUUUAACGUUCUGCAACAAUUUUGAGACUGUGCUCCAUUAUUCGUUCGCAAUACACUAUCUGUACGAAUAUCAUGUAACGUAUAAAUCACUCAUUGC